UGUUAACAAACUCCUCGGCAUAUCUGCAAGACUGGUCAGCAUGGGUCCGGAAAUCCUACAGAGACAAGGCGAAGUAAACACAUUAAGAAAGACCGACGUGCACCCACGUCGGAUGUGAGGCUCAUGAUUUCCUGAGUCAUCCUCCAGCUUUCAAACGCAACAACUUCGGUCACCUGCACGGCGUCCAACAACUUUCCCGUCGCAUUCAAACACACAGAGUGAUGGAGAGCUCCGUGUCUAACGUGGAGGUCUGCAAUUUAGCCUUCAGCGGGCAGUUCGACAAAUUAAAACAGUCCAUGCUGUCCGACAAAACACUUGUCAGAAAAACGGACCAGGACGGCAGGACCGCUCUCCACUGGGCUUGUUCUGCUGGACACACCAACAUCGUGGAGUUCCUACUCAGCCUGGGAGUUGAGGUCAACCUGCAGGAUGAUGCCCUGUGGAGUCCUCUGCACAUUGCUGCAUCUGCAGGAAGAGAGGACAUAGUGAGAUCUCUGAUAGGCAGUGGAGCCCAGCUGAAUUCAGUUAAUCAAAAUGGAUGCACCCCUCUGCACUACGCCGCCUCCAAAGGCAGAUACGAGAUCGCCUUAAUGCUGCUGGAAAAUGGAGCGGACCCCAAUGCCACGGACAAGUUGGCCUCCACUCCCCUGCACAGAGCGUCGGCCAAGGGCAACUACCGUCUCAUCCAGCUGCUUCUCAAGCAGAGUGCCUCAACGAACAUCCAGGACUCGCAGGGCAACACGGCGCUCCAUCUUGCGUGUGAUGAAGAGCGUUUGGAAGCAGCCAAGUUGCUGGUAGAACACGGUGCCAGCAUUUAUAUUGAGAACAAGGAGGAGAAGACCCCCCUCCAGAUAGCCAAGGGUGGCUUGGGGAACAUACUCCGCCGGAUCGUGGAGGGGUGAUGCUUUCUCUGACUCGCUGGUCGUGGUUUGGUUCAAACCGCUACCGUCGCAUUCCGAUGAAAACCAUCAACUCACUCAGUCCUACUUGAGCAGGCCCAUUGUUAUUUGGUGUGGUCGGUGACAUGUGAAAGAGGCAUUGGUGUUGAAAAGGGAUUGGACUGUUUUUGAGGCUGAUCAGUACCUCCUGUUGGGGCUUUGAGACUGACGUGUCUAAGCACAGUUUUUGCAGCAGCACAGUGCGUUUUCUGUGAAAGUUCAAGUGUAGAAAUGGCAAAAACGAAACAUCAAGUGGCGAUGAAAUCUGGUUGGAAUAAAUUUGUUGUACCUAAAUAAAAAAAAAAGUGACUUGGUGAUUGUUGAGGCUGUUUUUUUCCUCAGUCUUUAUUACUCUAUUUUGUAAUGGAGUCACACAUGGCUUUGUGCUCGGUGCCAUUCUUUUUUUUAAAUAUCUUCAAGGGGCAAUUUCUAAAAUAUAUUGUCUUAAGUUUCUUGUUCAACAAAGUACUAAACUUAACUCCUGCUGACUUACAGUACAGCUUCUGAAGUCAAGGUUGACCAUAAACACAUCAGUAAGUUAGAAUGUACAACAAACAGCUAUGGAAUCCAGUUUGGUCCAAAUUCAGUCUCGAUUAAUCCAACGCAUUCCAUUGAAAUUCCACUCAAUUAAAAUUGACGUCACAUCCGGGAACUUUGUAGCUGACAACCAUCUCUGUAGGUGUCUACCUAACAUGACAGUGCUACUAUGGGGUUGCUAUGACAACAAUAAACAAGCCACAUUUGCUGUCUCAUUGGGGUCGAUCCCUACAGCUGCGAUUUUGUUAAUAUGUCAACAAAAUCAAGUGUUCCUAUACUUACUCUUUUUUGGUCUCAAAGCCAUGGUUCAUCAUGUUUUACGCUGUGCUUGCCUACCAAGAUGGCCGUUCAGUGGCACAGCUCACCUCCUGUUCAGACUUGUGGGAAUUAUGUAUUGCAUGCAGUACCAUUCAGUCAUAUUACAAGCAUUAAGUAAGUCAUUUUACUUAAUGCAGUAAUAUGACUGCAUUAAGGGCAGCUCAAAAGUUAUCAAAGAACAUCAGUUUUUGUUUUAUCCAGAUACAUCUACUGCUAUGUAUCGUAAUGUGCUAAAAUCUGUAGUUUUAACUCUCUGACCACCCAGCAGUGGGUGGCAACUAUCAAAAAGUAUUGUCUUUUUGUCUUUACAUCUCUUAUCAAACACAGCCAGAGCUUCAAGGUAAAACUUAUUUUACAAUUUGAAAAGUAAAUGCAGGUUUCAUUCAUCACCAGUAUUAAGGUAUCCUGUGGUUUUGCUAAGUUUCGGUUUCAGAACUGCAUAUUUUCUGUCAGAGUGUUCCCUGUGGUUAAAGUCCUUUCGUUGAGAGAAAUCCCAGCAUGAAUGGCAUUUCCCUUGGACGUACAGAGCAAAGAGUAAUGGUCCGCAAUGCUGUCCCUCCCCCUCUUACUGCUGUGCACUGUUGGUCAGCUGGCUAAAAGAUGACUGUAACACUUUUUCUGUGUUUUUUUAUUUAUUUAGUUAGUUUUGCUUAGAAAAACAUACAAACUUCAGCUGAAACUACAACUGGCAAGCUAUGACUAACUUACCAGCCUAUAUUAGCUUGUUAGACAUCUGUUACUCUGUAAGGGACAAAAAGUGCCAUUUUUUGUCAUGGCCCCUAUGCUCCCACCAGUGUGCAGGUGUGGGAGCGUAACAGGUAUUUUUUUCUACAUUUUUGCAUCAAUCUGCCUUAGAAUUAAAAUAACAAAGAUGUUCCAAGUAAGAUUAUACUGUACAGUACUAACUGUAUUAACCAACGUAUCGUUCUAACAGCAGAAUAAAAAACUUGCAUUUCU